CUGUAUUGUUAGUAAAUACUGAACCGUACGACUGAGUAUGUUGCGCGGAGAGCUACGGAAAAUCUGGUGUGUUUUCGUGGAAAUUUACCGAAUUGGUGUGGAAAAUAUUAUAAAAACUGUGCAUCUUGGUGUGAUUUAACAUUAAUUUAAGCAAACGUUCAAUUAUAAUGGAAUGUGUUUUGUAUACUAAUAGUCUGAUCCGGUGUGCUACCUCUGCAAUCUUCUCCAAUUUUGCUGCACAACAGAAGUUUCCAUGAGUUUCCAGAAGCUCGAUAGAGCGCUUAGCACGGAAAGAAGUGGAUCAACCCCUUGCGACCACAACGCUGUUCUUGGUUUUCCUACCCCAAAGAGUAGAGGAGAUUCGGUGGAGUGCCUAUACUUAACUGUUCAUGGUUUUCCUGCCCUAAAUCGUAGAGGAAUUUUGGUGGAGCGCCUAUACUUGGAGAGAGGUGGACCAACCCCUUUCGACUGCAAUGCCAUUCUUGGUUUUCCUACCCUAAAUCUUAGAAGAGGUUCGGUGGAGCGCCUAUACUUGGAAAGGAAAGAGGUGGAUCAACCCCUUGUGACUACAGUGCCGUUCUUGGUUUUCCAACCCUAAAUCGUAGAGGAGGUUUGGUGGAGCGCCUAUACUUGAAGAGAGGUGGAUUAACCCCUUUCGACUACAACGCCAUUCCUGGUUUUCCUACCCAACGUCAUGGAGGAGGUUCGCAGGAGGGCCUAUACUUGGUGAGGUGGAUCAACCCCUUUCGGACUCAAG